CCGUAUCCCGUCGGUUUAUAUUUCGAUGACGUGACAGGCAAAAGAUAUACAGUGGAGAACCAGCUGCAGCAUCUCUGAAUAGAAAAUUUAUAAUAAAUUAAGGUAUAUAAAUCGCCAUAUCGUAGUGUUCUUGCUCUGAUGGUUAUCUAAACUACAACCAAAAGAAAUAUUGAGUAUUGUUAGAUUGGCCCUAGUAUUUUAUGUCAAGUAAAAUUUCAACCAACUCGGUGGUCUGCCUACCAAUGUAGCAAGACAAGUUUUGGCGAGAGCAGCAAUCAAUCAAACGGGAUUGCUUGUAGAAUAGGCGGCGGUAGGGGAAACAAGCUGCACAACGUUUCUGGAAGUUCUGUAAUUUCGGACAAGGUUUUUAGGUGUAUCGCAGUACAGUGACAGGCUCAGCGAAAAGAGAGCAAAAGUUUUUGCAUAUCAGUGAUCAAUUUCAUAAUAUGUAUGAAAGUGGAGGUAUUAUGGAGAACCAUUCGUUGAAUAGCAACUGUUCAGUGGUCGAAAAUAGUAAAACCAACAAUGAUAGGGAUGAAUGUAACAGGAAAAUAGAUGCUCCAUUGAUGAAAAUCAAAACGUACCUGUCGGCUUUGAGGCCAUGGUCUCUGUCGGCUAGUCUGGUACCGACGCUGUUGGGAGCAACACUCGCCUAUCGAACCGUCGGGUUCCACGAAUUCAAUUUUUUGUCUCUUCUUUUCACGAUUUUCACCGUCGUAACGGUGCAUUGUGCGGGCAACGUAGUGAACACCUAUUUCGAUUUCGUGAAAGGAAUCGAUAAUCGCAAAUCGGACGACCGGACGCUGGUUGACCACAUACUUAGAAAAGAAGAGGUGGUUACACUAGGAGCGCUUCUAUAUUGUGCCGGUUGCUUUGGAUUCAUCUUUCUGGUGUACCUUUCUCCAGCAAAGCUGGAACAUCUGGCCUUGGUCUAUUUCGGAGGUUUGUCAUCCAGUUUCCUGUAUACCGGUGGCAUCGGGCUCAAAUACAUUGCCCUCGGCGACGUGUUGAUCCUCAUCAUAUUUGGGCCAAUUUCGGUGCUAUUCGCUUUCAUGGCUCAAACUGGGCACGUCGAAUGGAUGACCAUCUACUACGCCAUUCCGCUGGCUCUUAACACAGAAGCCAUUCUACAUAGUAAUAACACGCGCGAUGCAGAAUCGGAUAAAAAAGUUGGAAUUGUAACGUUGGCAAUUCUGAUCGGAAAGACCUCAUCCUACAUUUUGUACGCGUUGUUGCUGUUCACUCCGUACGUGCUCUUUGUGGUAUUAGGUAUGAAAUAUUCGGGGGCUUUUCUGAUACCAAUGGUGACGCUACCUCAGGCAUUUAAAAUUGAAAAACAGUUUCGUAAUGAAUCCACAAUGCAUGGUGUACCCCGGCAAACAGCCAAGCUGAACCUCUUUUUCGGAAUUCUGUAUGUGGUAGCCUGUUUUAUUGCGCCCCAGUUACCAUUCAUAACCAGGAAAUAAGAAUAGCUACCCAGUGGUGUUGACCUUCACUGACCGGAUGCGAGCGGGUACUGUUGACAGUACCGUUUGUGACGCCGAUUCCCAAUUAGUUCAUCUCGCAAUUCUCUUCUCUUUGAUUGGUCCCAGACAGACUUACUAUACUCGUUUAUUAUAACUAUUAUAAGGUUAUAACUUAUUUAUUCUUGUGCGAAAGAGUCUUUUAUUACAUAGGGAAUUUGUGUACUCUAAUUAUUUUAGUUUACGGUACAAUUGUAGCAAUCAUGCGUAAAUUAAUUGGUGGAUCGAUAGUUCAUACAUUGUUUUUUUUAUUUCUGCAAUCUUCGCUUCACUUUAUACGAUGGUAGAACAGAGAAGUGGCGUUCCAUCUAUAAAAUAAUGGAAAUACUCGAAUCGUUCUUCGAUUUACUUAUGCUAGGAUGUUCCAUUCUUAAGCGUGAACCACUCUGUGAUGCGAAUUUUCAUGUUCAAAUGCCAACUUUCAGUUCAAUUAACCCCAACCAUGGUUCAAAUUCAAAGCCUCCCUCAAUCAUUCACCUUCAAGUUGGCGGGAUUUUCAUGACUAAACAUACAUCUUCAUUUCAAAUUGACGCUUUUUCAUUCACCAGCCAAAAGCAUCAUCUGCUCUGUAAAUGCCAGUUUAGAUUAAGAUGUUUGGCGUUUUCGAGCAUACAUGAACAAAAAGAAUUAUGUUCAGAGUAGUUUUGCUUGAAAAACCUGGUCAAUACACCAGUAGGGCCAAUGAAAUUGAAAAUGAAUUGAAAAUGAUUGAACAGUUUGGCUGUUUGAAUGAAUAACGCAACUAAAACCUGCGAAUUGAACACAGUAGGACCGGUUCCUCCUUCAAGUUCCAACAAAACUGUUGAAAAUUAGCAGCUCUGGAACCACCUCGAUGACACCAUACCUCAGAGAACGGAAAAUUUUUAUGCGGUGCUUUUGAUACACACGGAAUAUCAGUGCCAACAAGACUUGUUAUGUAAUACAUGAUUCGGCUUUAGGGUUCGUUUUCAAAAUUCGGAUCUAUAUUAGAUCAAAUCUUAAUGCAGCGCAGUAGCAAGAUACUUUUCUUUCUUACCCUGAGCCACGAGUGCAUAUCAACAUCGGACCCGUUUCGAACGAAGCAAACAAAAUUACUGAAUAACCCCACCCCACGAUGAAAACAACUCCUCUGAUCGGCGCAUCACACAUAUAACACAUUCAAUGUGAAAAAGUUAAACAAUCGUACUUAAUUAAAUAAAAGAUGUAUCUUAUAGAAAACAGCUUAGAUUUAUCUUCUUAACAAACCUAUAAUAUGUAUAAUAGAGAUUUACUUAUGAAGAAACAAAAUUUCCAGAUGGCGCGAAUAGUAAAACGAAACGCUAGUAUCUAUUUAUCUACCAGGCUUCCAAACCCGGACAAAUUAAUAGGGACAGACACAAAUCUAAGUGAGUGACAAUAAUUAGCUGUACUAGUAGUAGCAAUGAGAUUGAGAAAAGCAACCAACCACACAGAUGAGUUUAAUAUAAACUAAGAGACAACGUGGAUUCCCCAAAAUGUAAUUUUUACUCGAACUGAAACAAUUUACAAAUUUUCUAGAGCUAAAGCUAAAUGAGAAACUUUAACAAACAGUUUUAUCCUUCAUAGCAUGUUAUUUUUGCCUAUCGGAAUCAACAAAAGCAAUAGAAUUUAAUCUCACUGAAAUAAAUUAUUUAUUAAAGCAGCUUUAAAGAACAGAUACCAAUUAUUUUACAACAAGCUUUGUUGAAUUAUCUUCCGCAAUCUUGAAUUUCCUUUUAUCGGAAGUGAAAUACCAACGAACCCAGUUGAAGGAAAAAUUCACAUACUUAGCAUAAGAUAUCUUUUGUUGAACAAACUUAUUAUGUAGAGUUUAACACCGAAUCAUACAAUUAGAGAGAUGUGGCUUGUUAUGCUUUUGCUUCAGGAGAAGAAAGCAAAAUAAACGAUAUUCUUGAUUUCUAUAAUAGAAUUUUAAACAGAUUUAUAAUUAAAGUGUCGUUUAAUGGAAGAGAAUGUGUAAUAAAAAUGAAUUAAUUA